AGUAAGCAUAUUCUCAAACCAUGGGUGACCUGCAAAAGAUACGAUCGGAGGUCAACAAUGCAUUCAAGCUUAGCGGCUUCACAAUACGUCGCGAAGCCAGCACCUUUGUGACCGAACAGGUUUCCUCUCUAACGCCGCGCGAAAGAACCAAAAUGAUCGACAAGUUAACCGCCCAUUUAAUGCACCAGUGUAUAUCCCAGCCUAUUUUAGAGAAGGAACAUCUAGAAACUGCCUACAGGGAGUGCUCUACUGCCGGACUCGAAGAGACUGAAUCAGUACUGAGUGUGAUCGAUGCCUUUAGCAUUCCUAAACUGGUAUAUGAUAAUGAAAGGAAGAAGUUCAGUAAAAGCGUGAGUACCGACCGCCACUUGUACCCAGAGCCUAAAUGGAAAGCCCAGUACUUGAUAGAUAGAUAUACUAUUAUUUGGCAAAGGACUGUUAGAAACAAGUUGUUUGCUCAAGAAGUACUGCCAUCUAUGGAGCAAGAGAAACGAUUUCAGUUGAGAAAAAUCGAGGUUCUACUUAGUUCCUCAAGCAGAGUUGACGAGGUUAUAGUGUUAGGUCUGUUAACUCAGUUAACUGAAGGUAAGUUCUACUUAGAAGAUCCAACUGGGAGUGUAGAAUUAGAUAUGAAGGAAACUAGGUACCAUUCAGGACUGUUUACGGAAAGCAGCUUUGUUCUAGCAGAAGGAUUCUUUGAAGACAAGGUAUUCCAUGUGAUGGGUCUAGUUCUACCACCUUCAGAGAGCAGGGCAACAUCUUUGAACUAUUUCGGAAACUUGAACACUUUUGGAGGAAAAUCAAAGAACUUAUUAAAAAAUUCUCAAAAUUUGCUAAAAGUAGAGCAAGAGAAUGAAGAUGGAAUGUUUAUUUUCUUAUCUGAUGUUUGGUUUGACAAUCUCAAAGUGAUGGCGAAGCUAAAAACAUUAUUUACUGGUUAUAAUGAGUUCCCACCUAUCGCUAUUGUGUUUAUGGGAGAGUUUUUAUCAUGCCCUUAUGGAUACGAACAUAGUACACAGCUCAAAGCGGCCUUAAUCAAUUUAGCGGACAUGCUCUUACCAUUCACUAAACUACGAGAACUCUGUAAGUUUAUCUUUGUCCCCGGCCGAGGAGAUCCCGCUGCACCUAACAUCCUGCCUAGACCUGCAAUCCCAAACUCUGUUACAAAAGAAAUAAGGGAUAAAUUGGGAGAUUCAGUAAUUUUCACGUCAAACCCCUGCAGAAUACAAUACUGCACACAAGAAAUAAUCUUAAUAAGGCAGGAUUUGGUGACAAAAAUGUGUAGAAACUCGAUACAUUUCCCGGAAACGGGUGAUAUACCUGACCAUUUGACAAAAACAUUGCUGAGUCAGUGUACUUUGUCUCCGUUGUCUUUAGGAAUACAACCGGUUUACUGGAGGCAUGCGGAUGCUUUAAGCUUGUACCCGAUGCCGGACCUGAUGGUGGUGGCGGAUCAUUUCCAGCCUUAUACAAGGGCAUACCAAGACUGCCAGAUUAUUAAUCCAGGAUCGUUCCCUAGGACAGAGUUUUCAUUCAAAGUCUAUGUUCCGGCUUCAAAGACAGUUGAAGAUUCACAAAUACCCAAAGAAGAUAGUUGAUGA